AUGGCUUUUGCUCCUACAGAGGAAGAUUGUGAAAGUAUUCCGCUGAAAAUUCAAUGUAGCCUCCACGAUGAAUUUAGCACAAUUGCUGCGUGCGAGACUUGUGAUGACAGACUCGUUUGUAUUCAAUGUAUCAAUUCCUCAUGUUUCAAACAUACUCUAUGCAAUUUAGACGAAAUCGCCGAACGUCGGAGACAAAAUAUCUCUUGUCUUUUAAAGGACGCUGAGUCGAUUGCAGUUCCAACAUUGGAAGUAAGUUUAAACCAGGUGAAGAGAAAGCGGGCCUUACUUUUGGCACAAUGUGACGACGUCUCUCAAAGAAUUCGGACACAUGCAAAUGAACUGAAGGAAAUUAUUGAUACUAUCUGUGAAAAACGUUUGGAUGAGUGUGCUGAAUUUCAAAAAAGAAAGGAUGAAAUUAUGAAAGUAUAUGAGGAGAGGAUCUCAAAAGAUCAUGACGAAUUACUUAAUUCGAUUUCCAAAGUGAGGGACCUCAUCUCCUCUCGUAAAUCUAUAGCCAUGUUACAAAACGAAGAAGCGAUUUCUGCUCUUUCCCAACCUAAAUCAACCACAUGCGUUCCGGUGGUGGCUGCUAUCUGGUUUGUGCCGGAGGAAGUAAACAUGUCUGAGAUGUACCAGCUCUUUGGCACAAUGCAACGUUCGGUUACGAUAUGCGAAUUCGAACACAUAUCCCAUGAAGUGAGAAGUAUAUGUCUGGUUGGCGAUCAAGCUUGGAUUAGUUGCGAGGGCGGCAAUGAACUGUAUCUAACAAACAAAACGGAAAAUUCUGUUCGCAGUAUCAAUGUACGCAAUUACUUCAUGAAUCAAAUAAUGGAUAUCUGCGCCGGAGCAGACGACAGUAUUUGGGUGGCGUGUCGUGACGGAGUUGUGUCACAGAUAAUGUCACAUGAAGUCAAAGUUGAUCGAUUUUUCAUCGGAGUGCACGCGACGGUCUACAGUUUGUUUGUGUUUAAGGACGGAGACAUUGCCGUAGGCUUGGUCGAGGGCGUCUUCCGUAUGAAAGGAAAGCUGGUACGCUACAGCCAGAAAGGGGAAGUUCUUGAUCGUGCAGUUCAUGAUAGUGAUGGAAACCUUCUAUUUUCUAUCCCCAGUAAAGUUCGAGGAUGUGACAAAUCACGCGAAAUAGCAGUCAUCAGUUUGGACAACAAGGGAGACCACUCCGUUGUGAUUUUGGACGCCGAUAUGAAAUUUAAACUUAACUUCAAAGGUAAAAAACCAUUUCAUCCCUCAGACGUCAGCUUUGAUUCAGGACAAAACAUUUUAAUUUCUGACCGUGCUAAUAUGUCAAUUAUGAUGCUUGAUUCACACGGUGGAAUAUGCCGUAACAUAGUUUCUGCCUCGCUUGUUCCCUCCGCCAUUUGUAUACAAGGAAAUGGAGAUCUUUGGACGGGUUUCGAGAAUGGCAUGGUUCGGGUUUACAAAUAUGCGCCCUAA